ACAACGAGUGUUUAUCAUAGACUAUUUAUUUUCCAGCGCUAAGUCAACAUAAAACAGCAAUACGGACAACAAUUAUUUAACAUUUUAGAUUCAUGGAGCGUUCAGUCACUGCUCAGGCCUGCCGGUGAUCUCCACAGACCGAAACUGUCCUCGCUGCAGUCAUGAGUUUAUAUCGCAAUCAAGUGUCCCAGCCGACCGGCGUGUCUUCAACUCUAGGCUUAUCUAAUUCCUCCCUAAUCUACGUGUACGGGGGCGAAGUUGGGGGCAUCAUUCCCGCUUUGGGAUUCGCGUCCACCCGACAGGAGCCUCCGCAGAAACCUCCCUACAGCUACAUCGCGCUCAUCGCCAUGGCAAUUAAGAACGCGCCGGACAAGCGCGCGACGCUCAGCGGGAUCUAUCAGUUCAUCAUGGAACGCUUCCCCUUUUACCACGACAACAAGCAGGGCUGGCAGAACUCAAUCCGCCACAACCUCUCGCUGAACGACUGCUUCAUCAAAGUGCCCCGAGAGAAAGGGCGCCCGGGCAAGGGCAGCUACUGGACGCUGGACACCAAAUGCCUGGACAUGUUCGAGAACGGGAACUACCGGCGACGCAAGAGAAAGUGCAAAAGUCAAGAGACGCGCGUAACCAAAAUGAGUCCUAAGAGAAUCCGAGGUGCAACACUUCACCACAGCGUUCACUUGGAAAAAGAGGACUCACGUUUAGUAGCGAAGCAAACGAAUACGGACGAAAAACUCCUCGAAAGAGAGCAGUCGCACAAUGCAACUCCAAGUGUGGCCACGCGCACCGAGUUUUGCGCGUCAUCCGACUCUACGAGAGACUGGUGUUUGACGCGCCCUGACCCACGAUGCCCGAAAUUCGAGUCGCUGAACCCGACAAAUCGCACCGACACACAGACAGACCAUCGAACGCUGGUAACCGUGGAGCGACCGGACGUCGUUUUGACAGCUGCAAGUGGGAGCGCGCGAACUGGAGACGCCAGAUCAGAAGACACGCAUGCUGAAACGCACCCUAGAAAAACGACAGACAAAUCGAAGGAGUUUAGCAUUGACAGUAUUCUAUCGAAAAAGGAGAAUCACCACCAACGGAGGUGCGAUGCUGCUGCGGGAGCGCCGGUGGCUCUUCUGGAGUCGCGCGGUUACGCGCUCACAUCCUCACUGAUCGCGCACGCGCACCCACAGCUGUAUCCACGCGGAAUCCCGCUCUGCUCGUACCUGUCUCUCACCUGUCCUGAGAAAAUGCUGAACUUUAGUGAGAAAACUGGCGAAAAAAUAUUCUUUUGACUGCUCGAGGCUUUUAUGGCAUGACAUCAGACUGACGCAAAUAAAUUAAUCAAAGAUGCAUUGUUAUGAUUAGACAAGAUAGGCUGCAAUAAAUUCAGCCCAGUAACAUUCACAAUUCUUGUUAAUGGCAAAUAAAAUAGCCUACAAUUUAUAAAACAUUUACGAGGGAUUAGGAAUAAAACUGUUGUUAUUAUUGUAAUACUGUUGUUAUUAUUACGGUUGUUGUACUCAUGGGAUUCAACAUGGGUGGCCCACAUACAGAACAGUAACAGCAGUUAAUUCUUAUGACGUAGGCUAUACUAUUAUCAAGAUGGGACUCUUUGCAAACAAUCCAUAGCACAGAUGUCUGACUUUGUUAAAUGUUAAUGUUUAUUUGAACUAUGGUUAUACUGCAUAUACUCCUCCCUGCACAUUUGAGAAAGAGAAAGACAAACAAUCUAGAUAGUACUGUUGUUCUGGUCCUUUCUUUAACAAAUUUAUACUGUAGAUCGCAGGGGUCAUUUACGGUUGGGACAGGUGGAACAUCGACCUUCCACUUUUUGCCUCUGCUAAUUUUGUCCCCACAAUUUUAAAAAAACAAAUAAAACACUUUAGUCAGGUAAGUGCAUUAUGCAGAAGAAACAUCUCCAGUUAUCAGUGGUGUUGAGUGGCAGCAGGCUGCGAUGGUCGCUAGAUGUCAUCUCUCAACAGAAUUCUCCCUUCCCUUUCAGACCACAAGGGGGCACGCUAUAACUCUCUCAUUGAGCCGUUACAGCUGCCUGAGUCUUACUGGCACCUUUUAGUAAAAUACAAUUUAAAAAAAGACCUCGCUUUGAGGGCCCCUUGGUGGCUCGAGGGCCCUAAGCGGGCACUUAUAGCGCUUAUAGCUAGAAAUGUACCUGCGUGUAUUUAUUCACAAACUCAAAAAAUUAUCAAAGUUAUCAAAUUAAUGAUGCAAAAUAUUUAUUGGAGUGCUUGAAUUGUUCAUUAAGAAUGACUAUUUAUCAAAACAGUCAAAUAUUAUUUGACAUUGUCUGCACAUAACCUAAUUAAUAUUAAUGAGUUUCAAACAAAGUUAUGCCCAUGCUGUAGAUACUCAAACAGAUUCACAUUGGGGCAAAACAAAAACCUGAUUUGUACCGUGGACAUAUGACCAUUUACUUCCCCAACCCAGUAAAUAUCGGGUUGAAUUAAAAACACAUUUCCUUAAAUAAACAAGCAUGUGUGAGAAAAAUAUUCAACACAUUUCUACAAAUAUUCAAAUUCCUUAAAUUUCAAAAUAGCUUGAGUUGUGCUUUUCAAUCAUUCUGAGCCUAUUAACUGAAACUUUAAAACCCCAAGGAAUGCUGUUUAAUAAAUGUAGAUUCCCUUAUUAACAUAAGUUUUCUGUUUGUUUUAAUUAAUGAACAAGUGCUUGGGCAUGUGGAAUUCUGAGUUUUGAGAUUUCUUUGAGAUUUGCUAAAACUCUGAGAGAUAUAAUUAAAACCCCACUAACAGUAUAUACAGUAUGUACCUGAAUCCCAGUACAUCUGGCUAAAUAUGACUUACUGAUAAAUAUACAGCAUAACCACUCUAACAGCAUAGAACUAAGAAUAAUGCUGAACUUUGAAACUAGUGUCCUGCAUGUAAUCCUUGCCACCAUAUAUAGCCAUAAGUGGUUUUUGAACUGAAAGGUUUAAGUCUCAGAGAGUGCAAAUCAGGAAUGUUGUGAAAAUAAAUAAGCUUCCCCACAUUCGAGAAGAGUAACAUCCACAAGCAUUUCCUGUGUAUAGGAUUCUUUUGGUCAGAAGUGUAAAUAGAACGUCAUCCAUCCGAAGGUUUGUAGAGAGAAAGAGACUACAUCUCUCAAUCUACUGCCUCCAUCUGUCCUCCUCUUCACAGAUGGACUCCUUAGAUGGAGCAGUCUGCAUUUCCAUUGGACUGUACCACAGCCAUGUACUUGCCAUACAUGAUUAUAAUGAAACAUUAUGAUCCCAUUGGUUCAUUUUACACUUAAAAAACAACCAGUCCUCAAUAUCAUAUUUUCAUCACUUGAAAUCAGCUGAAUUAUUCCAUAAUUAUACCUUUAUUUUGUAUUAUUAAGACUAAUUUUUAAAGUCUAAGUUGAACAAAGGUUCAUUCGGUAUAUUCAGUAAAUGUAAUUUAUAGAUGUUUUUGCACUGUAUUCUCACACUUGGGACUAGAUAUAUCAUAGUCCAUUUAAACACAGUAGGCUACUAAAGAAAACUGCAACAAAGAGCAUUGUGCCCUCUAGUGUUGUCCUUUAGUACAACAGAAAGUACACCAUGCAGGCCUUAACAUACACAUGCAUUUUUAAAAGACAUGAUUAAGAAAAUAUUUGGAUUGAUUUAAAUUUUAAGUUAAGUUACAUUAAGAUUCAAUUAUGUAAUAAGGAUGUAUUGCUAAUUAUUUAAGAACAAGAUAUUUGGACAGACCAUUCUGUAAAAUCUUUUAGAUCUUUUUUUGUAACCACAAACAAUUUCACAUGUGGCAAAUGUUUUU